AUGUUAACUUGCUCAAAAUUGUUUCUUGAGGUAAAUUAGUUGGAAAGUUGAACUAUUUUCAGCUUAAAAGUUAAACUUGUUAUUUGAAUUUACUUGCUAAUUAAACAUGGGUUCAACAACUUUUUUCUUUGAUGGGUUUCUUGUUUUCUCUUCAGGGCAGCCAUAGUUUAAGCUUGAAAUUAAUCCCCAUUUCUCAGAUGAUUUAGAUUUCCACUAGUCUUAUAUGAAAAUGUUUACGAUUCUUUGACUCAUUAUUGAGUUUUAGAUAUGGGAAUAAAUGGCUAUUGGGUUCUAUUUUCUAGUUGAAUGUGGUUUGAUUAAAUUUACUAUAUUGAUAGGUUGCUUUUUUUCACUUUAGUGGCAACCAUAAUUGAACGUUGAAUCAGCCCCCAUUUCUCGGAUGAUAGGACAGUGUAGUGAAAUGGCGCUACAGUAUAAAACGAGUUUCCUGUGUUUAUAUCCACCUUUAAUGGAGAAUAGAUUAAAAAAUUCUCCUUCAUUUGCUGGUAAAAUUCAAUGCCAAAGUGACACUCGGGAUUCUUCCCCAAAGAUGGAGUGUACUGGUCUCAUAUCAAACUCUCUUAAAUUGUCUCCAAGGGUGUGUUGUUUUUCACCAAUUCAUGGGCAGACAGGUAGUUUCAGAAGAAGUACAGCAGUAAGAUCUUUGGUAGAAAAACUUGGAAGGAAAGGAGGAGGAGAAUCAAGUGAUGCAGACGAUGAUGAUGAUUCCUCGAUGACAAAUAAUGUGGAUGACGGCCCAUUUAUGGAUCCUGAAGAGAGACUUGAAUGGAGGAGAAAGAUCAGAGAAGUGAUUGAUCGGUGUCCUGAUGUUAAGGAGGAGAUAGACCCUAUUGAAAAGAAGAAGAAGUUGAAGAAGCUGCUAGCUGAUUACCCCCUUGUGGUGGAAGAGGAUGAUCCUGAUUGGCCUGAAGAUGCUGAUGGCUGGGGUUUCAGUCUCGGUCAAUUUUUUGACAAGAUUACCAUCAAGAAUGUGAAGAAGGAUGAUGAUGAUGAGAAUUAUGAUAGUGAGAACGAAAUAGUAUGGCAAGAUGACAAUUAUAUCCGCCCAAUCAAAGAUAUCAAGACUGUAGAAUGGGAAGAGAUUGUGUUCAAAGACAUUAGUCCUUUAAUUGUUCUUGUACAUAAUCGGUAUAAAAGACCAAAGGAAAACAAAAAAAUUCGGGACGAAAUAGAGAAAGCUGUGCACAUCAUCUGGAAUUGUCGGCUACCUUCACCAAGAUGUGUUGCAGUUGAUGCUAAUGUCGAGCACGAAUUGGUUUCUGCUCUACAAGUGUCCAUCUUCCCAGAGGUUAUAUUCACUAAAGCUGGAAAGAUCUUAUACAGAGAGAAAGCAAUUCGAACUGCAGAUGAGUUAUCUAAAAUGAUGGCUUUCUUUUACUAUGGAGCUGCAAAGCCAGCCUGUUUGAAUGGUGUUGAAAGUAGCCAAGAAAUGAUCCCAUCUGUUAUCAUCAACAAUCCAACAUAACUAAAACUAUAGGAACUGUUUGCGACGAGGUUCAUAUGAAAAUAACUUUGUAUGAAAACUAUACGAGUACUAAUUAAUUGUUAUGUAUAGUGUAUGCCUACUUUAUUGUAUGUCAAUUGGAUAGUUGAUAUUACUAUGCAUUUAGUACUAUCAAUUACUGGUUAGGGGAAAAAUUAUCAGCUCAAAUGUAAGACAUUAAGCAUCAUAUUCUCUGUUUUUCUAACUCUAUUAUGAUGAUCACAACAUUUCCAGCUUCAAACUUGAUGAAA